GCCUGACUUCGCACUUCCUCUCUUUCUGCUCCAUUUCCUGAUUCCUUAGCCUGAUUUCAUGUUCUACAAAUUCACUGGCGGCUCUGAAGUCCGUAUGUGAUACAAGUUUUCACUACAAUGAAAGAAGGGAAAAAGAAUCCGAGGACCCUAUUAGUCAAGAUGACAUCUAAAAAUGACAUCUGUUAUGUAAAAGCCACCCAACGCAGCCAGUGUGUACGUUUCAUUAUCCCUCCUUGUAAUCCGGUUUACCGUCUUAACACCCCACCGUACGACCGCCUCCUCUGCUGUUACAUAACCACUAACGCGGAGACGGGAGCCAGUGCGACACAUCUGCCGGAAGAUGGCAGCCUCGGCCUCAUAAUAAAUAAAAAAAAGCGUACUAUGCAGGAAUAGCCCAUCAGAUCAUGAAACGAGAAGCGGAGAAAAAUCCCCGGAUUGGGCCGUAAACAAGAAGCAUGAGCUAUCCUAAGAGACGGGCAGAUGACAGACUGAGGCGCAUCUGGAUCCAGAUGCGGGUCUGACGAGGAGCGAGAGGAAAAAUAACCCCAAAACAUCCUGACGCCGAUUCAGGGCGUAUGUUCAGACGAGAAACUGUGAGGCACCAUCCAGCCCCUGCUGGGGACAAGGGAAGGAAGCGACACUGAAUUGUUUGUGAAGUAGAGAAGAAGAAAAGGCAGUAAGCGUUACAGAGGAGGAGAGGAAAUCAGCCAGAAGUGGGAACAACUUCCUCCACAGCCCGGGCCUUCAUUGGCUUCCAGUCCUCUGUUCUUGCCCACCCAGGAGUCCCAAAAGAGGAUUAAAUCACAUGUUCUGUUAAUAGGGGUCACAAACUAAACCUGCCGAGACCUCAUUCUGCACCCGUUGAAUCCUGAAGCAACACAAACGUUCUCAGGUAAUUUGUGUGCAACAAUAGAUAUAAUAUUACCUCAUUAUUAUCGAAAAGAGACACAGCAACAGACCAUUGGAGGAUCUAAGAGGCAAGGUGGUUGUGGAGAGGACAAAGGUGAUGGGUAACAAGAACACAGGUCUGCCCAAAGGUCCUAACACAGGACAUUCACAGGAUGAAGAAGCGGAAGCUACCGACAGUCCCGUAGGAAGUGUCUUCAGAGAUGGAUCCCUGGGCUUCAGCCCGGAGCUGCUGGCUUCCCUGCAGUCCCUAGGAGAAGAGAAUGACUACACAAUGCUGCCACACUCCCUGCACCAGAUUGCCCAGGCCUACUCAGUCAAGGAGGAAUAUGAGAGUGCCAUUCAGUUCCUACAGCUGGAGAAGCUCUACCACCAGCGCCUCCUCUGCAACCUCGCUGCCCUGCAGGAGAACUGGGAAAGCCAGUGGAGGGAGAGGAAGAACACGGAGAGCGGUGCGCAGGAUGAAACAGACGCCGUCGGUCAGAAACACAUGGAGACUCUGAGCCAGAUCUGCAGGACACACCUCAGACCAUCCAUCAGUGCGACGCAGAGCUCGACUCAGAAUGACACACAGCGCAUGAACCAGGCGCUUCCCUCCUGUCGCGAUAAAGUCAACAAGCCUGAAACGUCCCACCUGGAUGAAGAACAAGAGCAAAGCCCAAACCCACAAUCUGAACUGUCACUAAAGACAGAGAGUCAAGAGGGGACUGAGGAGGACGAUGAAGAAGAAGAAGAAGAGGAGACAUAUGAGGAAGGACAGGAAGUCGAGGAGGAAGAGCCGCGUGAGGAGACACCAGAAGAGGAGGAGGUGAAGGUUGAAUGGCCGACAGGAGUGCCACAGGCUUCAGACAAAGACCUGGCCAAGCUGUCCAGCACAGAGGGGAAUUCCUCCCCAGAUGGUCUGGUCUCCAUCCUGAAGAGGAGGAGAGCGUCGCUGGAUGGUUUGCCUCCGCCCAGCGCUGUUGUUACCAAACCAAACUCCAAGCGCAGGGUCCGCUUCAGUGAACCAGAGGACGGCGUUGAACCAGAUGAGGUGGUUGGAGGCUCCUGCCUGAUCUUGCUGCUGCUGUGUCUGGUUACCGUGGUGAUCAGCAUAGGCGGGACCGCUCUCUACUGCACCCUGGUGGGCACGUACUCCAACAUCUGCACCGACUUCACUCACAACGUGGACUUCUACGUGGUGAACGUGCGGAGGUUCUGCGAGGGGCUCUGGCACUUCCUGCCCUUUCGGACCUAGAACCACGGACCCGACGGGCUGCUUCAGUGGCCGGUGUGAAAUACAGAUCAAGGAUGGAGGAGCAUGGGACCAACAGACAAUCCGAAAAAAAACAAUGCUGCCGUAUGGAGUGUGCAACGUUUGGGUUUUCAUCUACAGAAUCCCAUGGUUUGAUGCUAAUAAUAACAGGCUCGCUCAAUCAUAUGGACUUAUAUGUAUUAUGUACCAGUAACUGAGCAACAUGUGAAAAACACCAGGAUGUGUGCAUGUCGUGUGACAACAAACAACAACAAGACUCUUUUUUGCCACUGGAUGUUUUAAACUUCAACUCAUAUCUUACAGCUUCCAGCCAAAGUAAGAUCUGACCAGAAGACGUCUGUGUAGCUGUUUUCUCCUCACAGUUGUAGCAGUCGUAGGUGUGGAUAAAUUCCUUUUCAUGUGGUGUCUUGGUGGCUUUGAUUUUGAUAUGUACAGAGAGAAGCGGUUUCAGAAUCACAGGUGUGUCGUUCGGUCGUGUACAUGUUGACACUCACCCCUAAGCAUAAAUAUACAGAUAAACAAUGUGGCACAACAUUUGUUAUUAUUAUUAUUUUAAAAAGCAGGUUACAGAUGAUGCACUAGGAUGAAAUUUUAUCUAAUAUAUUAUAACUGUGUUUACCUCAUUACCAGUGGUUACAUUAUUAGCAGGAACACGAUUUAGCCCUAUUCUUGUCUGAGUGAUGUCAUCAUGAUUUUCAGUAUGCAAUGCAAUAACAGCCGCUCCACAAACUCAGGCACCGUCCCUGGGCAGUUCUCAUGCAGUUCUUCCGGUGCUCAGUGUUUUCAUGUUGCGUUGAGGUCCUGCUCUCCAUCGGGUCACUUACAGAUACUCAAAAGCCAUGAAAAGCUGGACUGGGUGAGUAGUUUAAUGUAGAUGAAGUGCAUUGUUCCUGUUAUUAUGAAGUGCAACAAAACCCACUUGCUGUGUGUCCAUGUGUUUACCUACAGCUGGUUUUAAGCACAUUCCUCCAUCUGCAUUGGGAGCGUUCGUCGUCCCCACGCAGGUUGAGCUGCCUUUCACUGUUUUGUCCAGGAGCCGACCUCUGUGGAUUAACAUUUGUGUUUCUUGGCUGGCUCAAGUAACUCAACAUAAAAUGCACCUGCAAGCUCAAAGUUGACUGGCGUAGUAAGAAUUUAAUUUAAAAUCAGCAUGUUUCUAUUUUCUGUUGUCCUGUAUUGAUGCUUUUAGUGAUUUCUAAUGUCCUCCGGAUCUCCAUGUGUCUUUAAAACGAUGAAUGUUAUUUGUGUGUCAUCGUCCCCUCACUUCACCUUCACGUUUUAAUAUGUAUGUCCACCACUGAUUGCAAAUAUUAAAUACAGAACAUUUGCUUGUGUUGUUUUAAUUUAACGUUUAUUAAGACUUUGCACAUGCUCGAGGUUUAUGACAGAGUCUGUACAAAGGGAUUAGUCAGUUUUCAGAGUGGUAAUACCGAUGUUCGCCACAGGGUGUCACUGUAAACCUUAGAAUGAGCCACAGCUUAAUGCAGACCAUUAUUCACAUCCAUGCUGCUGCAGUGGUGGCGAAAGCCUUAUGGGGCAGCUAGUGUAAGUAUUAACAAUUCAUCACUGUCUUAACUAGAUUAUUUUUCAAAGCUUAUUUUGAACAUGAUAUUUAACAAUGCUACCAUAUUUCACAGACCUAAUGCUGAACAUCAGCACAUCUCUGUGCGUGCAUCCACACCUGCACUGCACCAUGUUCUCUGCUGGCUUCAGGCCUGUAUUAUUGGUGUCAGCUGUUCAAAUUUAAUAUAAAUACAGGUGAAUGUUCUUGUCGGCAUCAUUUUGUUUGUUUUGAUCGGUGACCAGAACCCAGAGGUGGGACCGCAAACUAAGAUGCAAAAAAAAAAGCCAAUAAAACUCCCUGAAAACUUUA